GUCAAGUUGCCGAACGUGUGAGGUUCCACCCCGAAGGUAAGCAAGCAUGGCGGCGUCCGACCAAGCGUCGACACCAGCAACCUCGGGAAGGGGAAGCAACCCGUUUGACUUCUCGCAGCCACCGGUCAUCGAGGGCUUCAGCCCUUUGCCGAGGGCCAAAGAUGAAACCUUUAAAGAAAAGUUCAUGCGGAAAGCAAAGGACAACCCGUUCGUCCCAAUAGGUUGUUUGGGGACGGCAGGAGCGCUGAUGUAUGGCCUCCGGGCAUUCCACCAGGGCAAAACCAGGCAGUCGCAGUUGUUGAUGCGGGGCCGCAUCUUCGCCCAAGGCUUCACCGUCGUCGCCAUUGUUGUCGGCGUCUUUGCCGCUGCACUCAAGCCCAAACAGUGACGAAGAGGUGGAACCUCAGCACCGCAAUCUUCCAUUCAUCUAGAAAAAAAAAAAAAAAAGACUGUUUGAAGGAAUGGAAUAAUAUAAUGUGUAUAUUAACAGUCUAAUUAUCCAGAUAACAAUGAGUAGGACAGCCUUAUUUAUUGUUUGGAAACAGAUUUUCUCAUUUCAAAUGUGGCCUACACAGGAUAUACUAUGUAGUAUGCACUGUGCUAUUAUUCUACUUAUGCUUUAAUUAUAGUAUUAUGUAAGUAAAAUCAUCCAACAUUGUAAAUGUGUCUUUGGAAAUACGGAUACGUCAUGCAGGCAUUUAAUAAUUAUCCAUCCAUUUUUCUAUAGUAUGUGUCCUCAUUAGGGUCAAAAGGGUCUAGCUGCCUUUGGGCGAGAGGUGGGUCACGCACCGGACAGGUCGCCAGUCAUUUGCAGAGCACAUAGACGAACAAUUCACCCCUAUAGACAAUUUAUAGUCUUCAGUAUGCCUAGUAUGCACAUUUUUGGAAUGUGGGAAGAAGCCAGAGUUCAUAAUUAUAUUGAAGGGAAAAACUGUUAUUAGAUAAGUCAUAAUAGUACACAGGACUGAGUUGACUAUCAUUAUGCAGAGCUCUGAGCAUUCUCAUUGUCAUCUCAUGUAAAUCCUUAGGCCUGUGCAAAAGCGAAAGGAACUGAUUGGUCACGCUUUGGUUUAAGUAUAAUGGAUCAAAUCCAAUUUACCUUUGUAAAACAAAGAACAGCCCUCUUUGAUUUGUGUCUUGGCUGUAAAACCUUAUACAGUUGAACCUCCUUGAAUAUAAUUUUUUUUUCGUGAUACUGGUUAACUUCAAAUUUAUGUCAUUAAAAAACCAAUGUAAUUUUAAGUAAGUAACCUUUAAAUUUCUGAUUAAAUGGUUAUGACAUAUUAGGGGUGUCAAACAAAUUUUUGUCGUAGGCCACAUCGUAGUUAUGGUUUCUUUUGGAGGGCCGUUAUGGCUGUGAUCCCAUAUUAAUGUAUGAUCGCUUCAUAUUAUUACAUAUACACAAAUUGAUGGAUAGCUACUUUUAAAAUCAGAAGGUAGUAAAAACUUUGUUCGACGACAUCCAUCCAUUUUCUGAGCCGCUUCUCCUCACUAGGGUCGCGGGCGUGCUGGAGCCUAUCCCAGUUAUCAUCGGGCAGGAGGCGGGGUACACCCUGAACUGGUUGCCAGCCAAUCGCAGGGCACAUACAAACAAACAACCAUUUGCACUCACAGUCACACCUACGGGCAAUUAACCUACCAUGCAUGUUUUUGGGAUGUGGGAGGAAACCGGAGUGCCCGGAGAAAACCCACGCAGGCACGGGGAGAACAUGCAAACUCCACAUAGGCGGGGCCUGGGAUUGAACCCCGGUCCUCAGAACUGUGAGGCAGACGCUCUAACCAGUCGCCCACCGUGCCGCUGUUCGACGACGGUAUUAUUUAAUUUAUUUUUAAAAGGGCAUCGGUAACAAAAUGCUUGCAAUAUCUCAAUAUGUUUAAAAGUGAAGGCAAUUUGCAAUUUUGGUAUUUUAGGUGGAAACAUGAAGUGGUUUCGCGGGCCACAUAAAAUGAUGUGGUGGGUCGAAUCUGGCCCCUGGGCCACCACUGUAUUAAAUAGAUUUUUUUUCCCCUUUGAUUGUUCACAUUCUAAGGCAGUAUCAUGGCACACGAUGGUUUAGUUUAACUUUUUGAGGCACUUUUUAUUUUUUUUUCUUGAAAAUUUUGGUUGAACUCCAAUUUAUACCAAUUUUGGGGUGUUUGACUUUGGAUAUUGCACUGUAGUUUCAGACUUAAAAUAAUAUUGCUAGUGCUAUGUGGAUAUACAUGGUUGCAAAUAAACCCACACAUUUUACCAGAACCACAAGCUGUAAAUCACAAUAAAUUAGGAUAGUGGAAACUUAUUUUAGUAAAUUUCAAAAAGUGAAACUCAGAUUCUUUACAAACCGUUAACAUCUUAAAAUUUCAUUAUAGCUUACAGUGAACUAAUACUCUGAAUUAUCUCAAGAAACAAACAAAAAAAAAAGAUUUUGAAUACAAAAAUUAGGUAGGAAUUGGGUUUCAAAAAGUAUUAUCCAAUGCAUGUAGUGAAUCAGUUAAAACCUUUCAAAUGAAACUCACUUUUUGACACUAUUCUAACUUUUAGAUACACCUGUAUGUGAAAGCAUUUUACUCAACGGGUGACAAAACUAGGAGAAUAUACCAAGACAAAUAAGUACAAGUGAUUAGUCUAUUUUUUUAUUGACCAAUUCCCUUUUAACAUUCUUUCCUCAUCUUUCAUAAUAUCCAAAUAGGCAACACGUGAAAGAAUGUGAAAUUUGACAGAGUUGUUUGCAGUGUAUAAAACAUGGAUGAAAUGAGAAAGCGGCUCAAGCCUGUGAAUUUCGAUGUACAGUAAUAGCAAAAUUGUUUGGCUGGGGAAUAUUGUUACUGCUGCUUUGAACUGUCCAAUUUAUCUUCAGCUUCUAAGUGUGUAGAAUAUAUUGAAACCCUAUUGGCAAACUAUUAGAGGGUACAACAAACAUUCCCAAGGUUGUGGUUCUGCAUUCUUGAGAGGCAUAUGUGGUUACAAUCUGCAAGUAUCUGACGACAGAAUGAGCUAAAAAAAUACAAAUAUUCAUUUAAAACCUUGGCAGAGGCAUGCAUUAAAAGUGACCAAAAUGAACAGAAUUUAAAAAGGUAAGAAAUGGUUAACUUAAUAGUAACAGUAUUUUCCUCAGUAAUGAUAAAACCUUAAUUUAAUAAUAAGAGCAGUCCUUCAUGGUGCCACAAGAGUAAGAUUCCAAUAAAAGAGGGAACAAGAGACGUUGAAAGGUUACAUACCAGUGGUUCUUAACCUUGUUGGAGGUACUGAACCUCGCAAGUUUCAUACACGUGUUCACCGAACCCUUCGUAAUUGGUAAAAUAAAAUGAUAACAUGCAAAACAGCAAUCUUUCAUUAUUGCACAAAAUAAACCACGCAUCAGUUGGACACAAAAUCAGUGUUCCAAGAACAAAACCAACAAUACGUGAAUUUUACACAAAAGAAACCUCAAUGAAAGUUUACUGCAAGUGUCACACUAUCAUUUUUUGUAACAAAGUCUGUUCCUUUUUUUGUUUUUAUGUAUAUCAUCCUUGAAAAGGAUUGUUUGCAAAGAUACUUUGUAACAAACUAUGAGCAUCUCAAGGGCUUUGAAUCAGCGGACACACUACGAUUUGGUGACACUGAAAGGUUGAGAGUGUUGUUGUUCUGAAGUGUCAAGGCCUUUUCACAUUGUACUUGGCUUUCUUGGUGUUCACUGCAGGACAGGAUGCAGGGACCAAAGCCAUAGAAAACCAAGUCUGGACUGUGCCUUAUUGUUACGCAGCUUGACAUAACAUUGCCAUGCAAUGCAAUGCGACUAUUUCCAAAAUUUACCAUAUGUAAGUAGGAUAGUUUCCACAGAAAUCUAAAAAUUGUUUUUUAUAUAGUUCAUGUUAAUCUGAGAUUAUCAUCAUGGCCAGGUAGUGAACUAUGAAAGAAAUCAGCUCUAUGUUUUUCUUUACCAAGGCUGUCAGAAGAGUACAAGGCGUGCAUUUGUGAGCACCCCUAUUUAAAAAAACUAUUAUUAAUCCCUUUAAAGUAAUUGUGCUUGAUGCUUGGUUAAUUAACAUUUAAUUAAUAUAGGGUUUACCUUACAGGGGCGGUGUUUUUUUGAUGCAUCUACUCUGCUUAUCCUGCUUACAGCCACACAAUUGUUUUGAAAAAUUGUCAAAAAUCCACUUAAAAAGGCCAAAAACUGUCCAAGGCUAAUGCAAGGCAAUGCUGGGAAUACAAACAACAUGGCAUCCAUUAACCAUGUGAUGUGUAUUUAACCAAUGCAGACCAGUGUGGUGAGAUGAUCAAGAGUGUCCAGACUUUGUUUUCAAUGGCUUUGGCAGGGACUACGGUGCUCCGGUGCAAGCUUGCCCAUAUUUGGAAGUGGUUGCUUAGCCACCCACCAGGAAGUAGCAUGGCUCCCUUUCCCGCUUGUUGGUCUAUUACUGUUAGCACUCUGAAAUCCCUCUGUAAAUUCCUCUCCUAUUGGAUGAGGCAUCACAGUGACGCUGCUCCCGAGUUGAUUGUUCAACUCGAGGCGCACCACGGUGUUCUGUCGUCGCACCCUCGCAGUACAUACAUAAUGGGUUCGUUCACAACACGUUGCGAACGGCUACAGCAAGUGCAGUGUGAAAAGGUCUUUACAGACAGAUGCACGCAAGCACACACACAAUGUGUGUGUCUUGACCUCUGCUGAACCCCUAAGACUGACUCAUCAAACCCUUGGCGUUCGACUGAACCCAGAUUAAGAACCACUGUUAUACGUACACUAUAUUGGGA